AUGAGCGCUGCGCAGCGGAAACGGCGGCACGAGCACGAGGUGUAUGAGUCUCGUGUGUGCAACCUCACGUUGGACAUCAACGAGCUUCGGCAACAGAUUCAGCAGUUGAUGGAGCUUCGAGACGUGCAUCACAGUCGUCUGCUGCUGAACGACCAGCGCUUCGAAGGUGACGUGCUCAAGUUGGUGUGGAAUCUGCUCGAUGGCUUGCGUGGCGGCGCCUUCGGGUUGUCCCCGAGUGCGCGAAGCAGUUUUUGCUCCCGUACUCACGUGAGCCAGCAGGACCCCGCCGCAAGUGGAGAAGUCCACCAGUACGUGAUGCAGCGAGGCCGCCCUACCUUUGGCAAUCCAACCUUCACUGUCAAGUCCAUUCGAGUGCUGAAAGUGGUCGAUGAGGAAGUGCGAGGCAACACUGGAGGCUGUGUCGUAGAGGUUCUCGCGAGUCUCACCGGAAGAAUCACACGGGGGACGGUUGUUGCUUUGCUACCGCAGAUUUUGAGCGACGAAACACUUGUAUGUCGGAUCAUAGGACAGAGCCUCACAUUUUCGUCGCGGUUGCUGCUCUAUUUCAACAGGCAGCGAAGACUGGUGCAACAAGUGGCUCAGGCUGACAUUGUGGCGGCGCUCAGGGCUCACCAUCUUGACGACGGAAGCGAUUUUGCAGCUUUUCGACCCAGAAGUCAUGAAUGA